AUGCCUCGUCCUGGAAGAAACACGUACAGCGAUCAGAAGCCUCCAUAUUCUUAUAUUUCUCUGACCGCUAUGGCCAUUCAGAGUUGCCCUGAGAAGAUGCUCCCGCUCAGUGAAAUUUACAAGUUCAUCAUAGACAGGUUUCCUUAUUAUCGGGAAAACACGCAGCGAUGGCAGAACUCCCUGCGCCACAACCUCUCCUUCAACGACUGCUUCAUAAAGAUCCCGCGGAGACCGGACCAGCCAGGGAAAGGCAGCUUCUGGGCACUCCAUCCCAACUGCGGGGACAUGUUUGAAAACGGGAGCUUCUUGAGGCGCCGAAAGAGAUUCAAAGUCAUGAUCACAUCCGAGCACCUGCAAAAACCCUCAGAUGCCGCGCACUACCUCCAGCAACAAGCAAAACUCAGACUGACUGCUUUUGGGACACAUCUACCAACUCAAAUGACCGGCUACAACUUAAGUGUGCCUCAACCAUCUACCUUCAAACACCCAUUUGCCAUUGAAAACAUCAUUGCCAGAGAUUACAAAAUGCCAGGAAGUCUUGCCUUCUCCACCAUUCAGUCCAUGUCUGCGGGUUAUCAGGUACACAACCAAUUGACCACAGCUUGGCCCCACGUGUAUAGCAGUAAUGUGACGGACACAAUACCGAGCGCCGAGUAUCCCGCCUAUGGAGUACCAUUCAAAUCAUUAAGUCACGGCACGCAAAGUUUACCGGCGGUCCCUGUACCAAUCAAACCCGCUCCCGCAUCGGUUCCGUCCAUCCCCGGGCUCCAUGCGCAUCAUCCAGUUUUCCUCCCCGGCUCUCCACAGUCCUCGAGUCCGACGUCUCCACAGACAGCGACCAGCAGCCCCGCCACAUCGAGCCCGACCUCACUGCUCCAUUCGGUCUCCGUUCACUGUCAAGAGGUCACCUAA